AUGAAAAAAAAAGCAUCCGAAGGCCUGUUUGUGUUUGAUGAAAAAGUUAGUCGUGAACGCAUGGUCAAGUAUUGCGUCCAUGCUGAGAUCCCCUUUCUUAAGUUUGAAGAUCCCCACCUUCAGCCAUGGAUUGGCUCAAUGCAGCCAACAUUUCAAAUCAAGGGUCGUCACACAAUUCGUGAUGAUGCAGAGAAGAUGUAUAAGGGAAUGAAGAAAGAUAUCGAAGUAGAGCUACAAAAUUCGGAUUCUCGCAUUUGCUUAACAUCUGACAUGUGA